UAAAUUCUCACACAACUGAUCAAAAAUUCCUCAUAUCUGUAAAACAUACACAAGAUUUGAAGUGUUUUUCUAGGGUUUGAGAAAUCAUGUUCGCCUCUACUCAAUUCGAUGGAAACUUCACCUUCUCUCAGGCUACUGAUUCCGGCGUCUCUCCCGCUAAAAGUCGAGAUGCUCCGGGUACGAUACCGGUAACGGUAAAGAAGAUAAUUGAAGCCUCGCAGUCCGGUGAUGAGAAGUCCAAUUUUCUGGUCGCUGGCGUUGAUGUUGCUAAUGUUUCUGUGGUGGGAAUGAUAACAAGCAAGACAGAAAGGGUUACUGAUGUUAAUUUCACUCUUGAUGAUGGAACAGGCCGAAUUGAUUGUAUCAGAUGGGUCAAUGAAGGAUAUGACACAAAGGAAAUGAGUGAGAUAGAAGAAGGGAUGUAUGCCCGAGUCAAUGGCCGAUUGAAAAGCUUUCAGGGGAAAAAGCAAAUUGCUGCAUUUUCUGUUAGGCCUGUGACCAAUUUUGAUGAAGUCACUUGUCAUUUUAUUGAGUGCAUACACUUCCAUUUGAAGAACUCACAUUUGCAGCAAGCUGAUGCUUCCACUCAGUUUGAGAAUGGUCAAGGUUUGAGCACACCUACACAGAAGGGAACAGGUGCUUCAAAUGCAUAUCAGGCACCAGUGUCUAAUCCUCUGUCAGGACUGCUUAAUGGUGAUGGACUUAAGGGCUUUGACCAGAUGGUCCUGGACUAUCUUCAGCGACCUUCAAGUUUUGCAAAUGAAAAGGGUAUGCAUAGGGAUGUUCUUCACAAGGAGCUGAAAAUUCCAGUAGAGAAACUAAUGUACUCCCUCUCUCUCAAUGGAAUCCAUCCGCACCCUUGAAGAUGAAGGCUUGAUCUAUUCCACAAUUGAUGAAUUUCACUACAAGGCAACUACUUCAGGCUGAUCUUUCUGGUCAUAUACUGUUUUACAUGGACCAAAAACACCUUAUUUUUGUUUACGAACUUCUGAAAUAGGUUCGGCCUGCACUCUCGUUGCCUGAGGUUGACAUCAGUAAUAGUAAUCUAGUAACAUAUAUAUAUUUAUGUGUCUGUGCUUAAACUUUAGUUAUGUGUAGUGCUGAUAUGCAGUCUAAUGCUGAUUCUCAUCAA